CGCCAUCUGUGUGAUAUGGUCGUUAUUAUUUGCGAUCUUGAUGUUGUUCAGUCACUUACAUACUAUACGCAUAAAAAUGUUGGACUUUGGACUCAUCUCAUUCACAUUUUGCUUUUAAAAGGACUGAAAAUGAGGUAUCUAAAAGUACACAAAUUGUUCAUAAAGCAAAAUAAGCUUGUAUUAAGUAGGCGAACUUAUUCUGUAGCGCAUAACAGCAAAUGGCAAAGUGUUGUUGGCUUAGAAGUUCACGCCCAGUUGAAUACGGAAUCGAAGUUGUUCUCUGGCGCACGUAAUACGUUUGGUGGUGUAGUAAACGACUGUGUAUCAUUAUUUGACGCUGCGAUACCCGGAACUUUACCAGUAUUGAACAGAAAGUGUGUAGAAUUAGGUAUAUUGACUGCUUUAUCCUUGUCGUGUAAAGUGCAUGAAGUAUCAACUUUUGAUAGAAAACAUUACUUUUACGCGGAUCUUCCGGCUGGUUAUCAGAUUACACAGCAAAGAGCACCUUUGGCUAGUGACGGCGUUAUUAAUUUUCAGGUUUUCACACCAGGAGUCCACAAGAAACCAUAUUCAAAGAGCUCAAAGAUAAAGCAGAUUCAGCUAGAACAAGAUAGUGGCAAAUCACUGCACGAUGCAGAGUUAAAGCGCAGCCUUGUAGAUCUCAACAGAGCAGGGGCCCCGCUGAUUGAACUAGUGUUUGAACCAGAUUUAGAGGAUGGUGAAGAAGCUGCUGCACUAGUCAAAGAGUUGGUGCUAAUAGUACAGCGAUUGGGAGCAUGCACUGGUCGCUUGGAAGAGGGAGCGUUGCGAGUAGACGCUAAUGUGUCGCUGCGACGCCCUGGCGAUCCGCUAUCGACUAGAACUGAGAUAAAGAACAUAGGGUCAAUCCGCGGCGUGGCGGGUGCGGUACGGCAUGAAAUCGGCCGGCAACGCAGUGUUCUUGAGCGCGGCGGCACCAUCGUGAACGAGACCCGCUCAUGGGACGCCACUAAUAAGGUCACCAUUUCGAUGAGGGACAAAGAAACUGUACAGGAUUAUAGAUACAUGCCGGAGCCGAAUCUACCACCGCUACGUGUCAACUUAAAAACCCAAAUAAGCAGCCAAGACGUUAUCAGUGUACCACUAAUUCAAGAGACAAUUCCAGAACUUCCUGAACAAACUAGAAAACGCCUCAUAGAAACUUAUAAACUGCGUUCAGAAACUGCAAUACAAUUAGUCAAUGAACCUGUGUUAUUGGAAUAUUUCCAAGAAUUAAUUUCCGAUUCGAGAAAUCCGAUUAAAGUGUCGAAUUUGCUAAUUAACGAUCUGUUGACUGCACUAAAUAAAAGAAAAGUCGAUGUGGAUGAUUGCCCUGUUACUGUUACUGUGAAACAAAUGAAAGAACUUACUGACUUGUUAUUCCAAAAAGAAAUUAACUUAGACAUGUUUAGAAAAGUUUUAGAUGAACUACUACAAUCUUGUGAUAGUGAUAAUUCUCCUUUAAGGAUAAUUAAAGAAAAGGGCUGGUCAAUUAUCAAUAACGAAAAAGAGAUCACAACAAAAUGUAUAGAAAUAAUAAAAAAUAAUCCAAAAUUAGUUAAACAGUAUAAAGAAGGUAAGGUAAAAGUUUUCAAAGCUUUAUUAGGUAUGUUGGCUAAGGAUACUCAAAAUAAAUUCGAUAUGUCUGCUGCGUCUAAAAAGAUGGAAGAGUUAUUAAAGGAUAAAUAAAACGGAAU